UGGACAAGUGGAAACAAUGAUAAGACAUUCCAUGACAUACGCUGUUUACUACGGUAUUGGUGUACACCUAGUGAAGAAGCUGAGGGAAGCUAUCUACAUACAUAGGGCGCCAAACACCCGGCAGAUGAAGUGACUGAAGUUCGCCAUAUAUCCAUGGAGCUGAGGAAGGGCACCAUGGUAUAUCUGUAUCUACUCUAGCGAGGCUAUCGAAAGGCGAUAAGUAGGGCCUACUUGACUUUGCUGUGCAAGAAAUUCUGUUUUUUUUACAGAUGUGGUAAAAUUUACUUAGCAUGACUGUUCACAUAGCCUACCUGAAGUCAACUAAUAUCGGCGACUGGCAAUCAAUCUAUGUGCCAAAGUAGAUAACUAUAUGCCAAAGUAGAAACAGCAGACGUGAAGCAUGCAGGUCUUUUUUACCUCCAUGCUCGCAUGAAGUGUUUAGUGUUACUAUUACUUGCGGCACCGGCACUGGAGUAGGCUGUAACGGUCGUUAGUACCUGGUUAGUGGUACACUCACUGCUACUUAGUGCAACUGGAAUGCGAGCUUGGUUUCCUGAGUACCAGGAUUUGUUGAGGCAGACACAGAGAUGUAGGAAGAGACUCAACCAAGAGCUAAGUUUGAGGUUCUUGACGAGCGUCUAGACAAGGCCUACAGUGGUACCUCACGACUUUGAAGGCAUGUGCAUGUGGUUGAGCAGAUGACCUUUCCAAUCCGUCAAAAUGGCCGAGCUGUUCAGAGACAAAACCCUCGCCAGGAAGACCACUCCGGCCGUGCCCGCUGAGGAGGCUUUGGAGAGGAGAGUGGUAGGGCUAUACUUCUCAGCCUCGUGGUGUCCACCUUGCCGACAGUUUACCCCACUGCUCAGGGAGGUGUACGAGGAACUCACAGCCCGAGGGGUGCCGUUUGAGGUGGUGUUUAUCUCGUUUGACAAAACUGCGGAAGACUUGCAAAGCUACGUGAUGGAUGACCAUGGAGACUGGCUGUUUCUCCCAUUCGCAGACCCCCUGAUCAGUGAACUGAAAGACAGGUUCAGCAUCACGGCAAUACCGCAGCUCAUUAUCGUCAAGCCGGACGGCGACGUCAUCACGCCACAGGGACGCAAGCACGUCCAGGACAGGGGCGUGUCCUGCUUCACCAGUUGGUCACAGGGGAUGGACAAAGCCUGAGCCACUGAUGAAACAGCUAGGGUCAAGGGUCAUUGAAAGAAAGCAUUCCGAAGAUAGGGUUCUCCAUGCUCAGGAACUGUGCAAAAUGAAGUAAAGCAUUAUUACUAUUAUUAAAUGAAGCCUGAAGACGCAAUGAGGUGCUUCUGCUGAUUCCUGGUAGGUUAAUAAACGCAGGCAUAAUUUAAAAAUAACGAACCAUGAAUAGUGCCCCCUAGUGUCCAAAAGUGCCCAGCCCUCCCCGCUUUAAAAGUUUUCUAAGGCUAAUGAAUUUCUGUAUUUUUUGUUUUGGAAGAAAAAACCCGCGGCUGUACAGCAGUAGAGCUUCUCAAUCCGAUUGACGUUUUGAUUUAAAAGAUUUAUUUUUUUUAAAUUGAUAAAAUAGAAAGUAAUCUGGGAAGAUUCUCAGGAAAAUGACAUUGUGGAGGGAAGCCCAGAUUUUAAGGCAAGGUUAUUUUUGUAUUUGAUUUAAUAACUUAAUUUUUCAUGAAUAGAAAAGACCUGGUAAAGUAUAUUUUUUGAAGCCCAUUUUUAGGAGAUGUAGGUUUACCAACUUUGUUUUUACGAGAUAUAUUUUGUCCACAGCUCGUUUGUUCCAAACGAACUUUAAAAAUACCCUAAAAACGAACUUGGAAAAAUAUAUCUUGUAAAACGAUUAGUUUCCAAAAUAGAAACAAUCUUUCUAUUUAUAGAUCUUAUGGGAACAAACUGGAGAAUUUAUAUCAUAAAUAACGAAAUUGGGAAAAAUACUUCAUAAAAGCGAACUUGGAAAAAUAUCCUUCACUUUUUGAAAACAUAACUUGACGGCACUCCAGGGCUUUUAUUGACUGUUUUUAUUUUACUAAAUAAACAAGUUGCGGUUUUGACAGUCUCCUAGAUCUGUAACCUCCAACAAUUUCCGCUAUUAUGAAACCUCAAACCCAUCAUAAGUAUGUGUCUGAAACCUAGAUCUCUCACCCAUUUUAAACAUUUUAAAAACAGCCAAGGUUAUAAUGAAUAUGUUAGAUUAAUAAAAUUAACAACUAGAAACCAAAUAAUUCUGUUUUCAAGCUGGAAUGAAUUACGUUUGAACCUUGACUUAUCCAGUAUAAUCUUCAACUUACGAAACAAAUACCUUAUCUGGUUUGCAGCUUGUUUUUUUUUUUGUAACCAGGCUUUCUGUGUACACUAUUGUUAACUUGAUUGACAUGUCUGGAAUCGAUAUUAUUCAACAGAGGGCAAAUUUCUAUUUUAUUAGCCCUUGUAUCUCUUAACUGAUUGAAAAUGCAUUGUACACACGCUCAGAACGCAGGCAUUAUUCUAUAUGGACCACAGCUGUAUCAAUCCGUAAAGAAUAUUGAGCUGUGAGAUUCAGUGCUCAGUGUAAAAACUAAAUAGCCAGAGAGAUAAGUGUUUGCUUACAAGCACGCACGGAGUGCGUUCGUCACGCAUUGAUACAGUUGUAAGGUCAGAAUUUUUUGUAAAGGGCCGGGAACGUACACAACCACUACAUUUACUACUUUGACCCUACAACAUAUUAAAAGGAUUUUCUUUGAUACUUAGAACUAAACUCCUCAGGUUUGACGAGUUUGAAAGUUGCGCCAUUUGGCUCACUGAAGUUGGGUUUUUUCCCCGAAGCGUUUGUUUUCAUUGUUACUUUCUUUUUAAACUGUUGUUAAUGUGCGUGCUAAUUAAUAUGCCUAGCCUUGUCGUCAAAAGUCUCCAGUCAAGGUAGCUUGCCUUUUGGGUUAGAGGUAUAACUCUUUAUUAUCUCCUGCAUCACUUUCCACUUUGUUGACUUUUGCUGGACGUUAUUUGGCAGAUUCCCUCGAUGUGGUUAUUAAACAUGGUAUGGCAGUUGCGAGGCUCA